AUGGAUUCCUCCAAAACCCUUCUCCUUCUAGCCCUCCUCAUAACUUCUUUAUCAGUUCAAUCAGCCUCAGCAAACCUGAAGCUCUUUAGAGAGUACAUCGGAGCUGAAGACAAGGGCGUUACGUUCUCAGACAUACCGAUUAAUCCUGAAGUUGAAGUUCACUUCAUUCUAUCCUUUGCCAUUGACUACACAACCUCAUCUUCCUCUGUAUCUCCAACGGAUGGCAAUUUCAAAGUGUAUUGGGACACAGAAAACCUCUCCCCUUCUCAUGUUUCUUUCAUCAAAGCUCGCCAUCCUAAUGUCAAGAUAGCCAUGAGUCUUGGAGGAGACACAAUAUCCAAAGACAAACCAGUUUAUUUUCAGCCCAUAUCAGUCAAGUCUUGGGUUAGAAAUGCCAUCAAAUCCAUAACAAAGAUUGUAGAAGAGUAUGAUUUGGAUGGAAUCGACAUCGACUACGAACACUUCAAUGCAGAUGAAGAUACAUUUGCUGAAUGUAUUGGGCAGCUUCUCUUCCACCUCAAACAAGGACGCGUCGUCUCAUUUGCAUCAAUAGCACCAUAUGAAAAUAGUACUGUGCAGCUACAUUACUCGACUCUGUGGAGAAAGUACAGUCAUCUAAUCGACUAUGUAAACUUCCAGUUUUAUGCCUAUGAUAAAGGGACAACAGUUCCUCAGUUCAUGAAAUAUUUUGAGACACAGAGCUCCAAUUAUGGAGGUGGUAAAGUGUUGGUGAGCUUGGGAACUGAUGGAAGUGGGGGCUUAUCUCCAGAAAAAGGGUUUUUUGAUGCCUGCAAUAUGCUUAAAGAAUUGAACAAACUUAAUGGGAUAUUUAUAUGGUCAGCAGAUGACUCCAAGAGUGCUGGGUUUCCUUAUGAGAAGGAAUCACUAAACCUUUUGGCCAGCUUAAACUAG